CGGAACUCGGAAGUCGGAGCAUUUUGACUGGGCCAGCAAGGGGCCAAGGUAAUCCCCACGCUCGCCCACUUCUUAAGGCAUAAUCCGAUCGAGUUUGAUAUUCUCUUUUUCCGCGCACCCACGAUUCACUUAUCCUAGUGACUUCAAUGUUCUAGAGAGUUCAUCUCUAUGCAUCGGAGAUAGCUAUCCAAGAAAGGAAGGCUAGAUACCUAACUUAGGUAGAGAACCAAGCCGACGGGAUUUCCUCAAUCUCUCCAGUUUUUGUUUCGUCGAGGCCUAAAAAAUACGCAAUUUGGGUCUAGGUCUCAAGGACGGUCAUUCUAGACCAUCUAAGUAGAAUCAACAGAUAAGGAAAAUACGCCAGGAGAAUCAGACUUGGAUUCACAAUGCCUUCCAUACCUGCUUUCAUAACUCGGUAUUUUGCCAAGGAUGAACCUAAACCACCUCCAAUAAACACCAGAACCGCCGUCUUCUUGCUCGUGAUUUACACGCUGUUCUACGUAGUGCCAUUCUACAUUUCCCGCACGACCAGGCCAUCACGAACCCUGUCGCGGGACGCGCCAUCUGUAAUCCGCGCGCGCAUCGCGUCUGUGUCACUAACCUGUGUCGUCUGUUCUCUCAUCACCUUGGUGAUCUUGACGUCAGAAGGCCGGGCCACGACCGCCGAGGCCCUACAUGCGCUAGGGUAUUGGCCAUUUGGCCUCGUGGAGACUGUGAAGUGUUUCCUUCUCACCGCCGUCUUGUUUGCUGGACCUCUUUAUGAGUAUCUGGUCAUCGAUGAGGGGUGGAGAGACUGGUUGGCCCUACAACCGGUCACAACACUCUGCAGCGAGUGGAUGACAUGGCGUAACAUCGUAGCGGGUCCUUUCACAGAAGAAGUGCUCUUCCGCUCAGCCUCGGUGCCGCUGAUGCUCGCAGCCCGCGCUUCCGUAACAACCACCAUCUUCCUCUCGCCUCUCGUCUUCGGCCUGGCACAUCUCCACCACGCCUACGAGUUCCGUGUCACACAUCCCCAAGUAGCGUACAGUGUGGUCCUAAUGCGCUCCCUGCUACAGCUAAGCUACACCACGCUCUUCGGCUCCUACGCCACCUUCCUCUUUAUACGUUCCGGUAGUGUGCUUGCCGUUUUCGUGGUCCACGCCUUUUGCAACUGCAUGGGCCUCCCGCGAGUGUGGGGCAGCGUAUAUCCUCCCCUCGUCGCCGAUUCCAAAGGCCAGUUGGUCCGCCCGUCCGUCCUGUGGACCGUGGCGUACUACGUGCUGCUGGUCGCGGGCGCCGUGGGCUGGUAUAAGAAUCUAGCCGUGCUGACGGAGAGCUCCAAUGCGUUGGUCGCUAUUGAUAUGUGAUGCGAUGUGAUCAUGCACGCUAUUUAUAUAAACCUAGCUUAAUUAUCUAAGUACCGAAUAGUGUACUUGAUUAAUAUAUGAGACAUUAAUGCGAGACGAAAUAUUUA